GUUACUCCGAGUAUAAACACACACAUAUACGAGCGUGUGCCCGUCUUUUCUCGAGCUUCUAUCCUCCCCGUGAAAAGUCGGCCGGAGAUGAGUUGCGCGGGACGCUGAGAGGAGGAGAAGCGAGCGCGCGCGCGCAGAGUCGGCCUCCUCGCGCCGGCUGAAGAACGCGGCUACGACGACGCUGUUGUCCGCGCGAGUGGCGCGCAUUGAGCGAUCGAUCCGGCGGAAUUUAGCCAGCAGAACGGAGCUGCCAUCACAGCGACUACUCCACAUGUGGACAUCGCCGUCCCGACUCAGGAUCGGCCGGGCACCCAGGAAAAAGACUCAACCUUAAGCCUGAUUACCGCGCCAUCAGCCAUCAUCGUGGCCGGUGAAGGAUGGAGAACACCGAUGGCUCCAGGAGGAAGCUCUCCUUCCUCGGCUUCGGUAAACGGGUAUCGGUCGACGGGCAUGGCACGGAAAUGGGACCAGAGCUCGACGAGGAGAUGGAGAAGGUCUUCGCAAUGGAUGCUGGGGAGAAAUUCGACGUAGCCCGCCUUGGCUCGCCCUCGGAGUCGGUCGGAUCGGAUCGCGGUCCACCCUCGCGAUAUGGCGAUCGCGACUUCAAUCAACAUCGGAAAAGGAGCUACCCUCACCCGCACAUGCCCCUGAAGAGCUUGCAUUCCAGAUCUAUGCGGCGACACCUCUCACCUGAAGGAUCGGCGGCGGAAGUGUCCACGGAGGAGGAGCACAGUAAUGUCCAGCCGAGGAGCAACGAAUUUCACGAAACUGACGGCGUCAAUAACGCGUCGGCCGGCACGGCCGAGGCCGCCAACGCCGAGGCGGACGAGGAAACGGCCGAGGAAACCGAGAACGUAAUCAGCAGCGAGAGCGAGGCGCCGAUCUCCGAGAGAGCGGCCUCCGGCUUCAGCGACAGCCCGUCCGUCGGCAGCCCGCGAGUGCAGUUCGAGAACAUCAAGGAGGAGGAGACACCGUGCGCGCAAACCCCGGAAGUGCCGGCGGACGUUGCGCCGAGCGGCCACGAGGAGGACCGAAAAUGUCGACGACACCAGAAACACGAGCACAAACGCCAUCACCACAAGUCCCGCAAGUACUCCCUGCAGGAGGACCCACAAUGGCGGAAGCGUUCGGGCGCCGGUCUGCCGGACGGCACCGGCCUGCUGACCCGGCGCGUCAGCGUCCAGCCGGAGGAGGCGAGCACCCUGCAGGAGCUCGACAUCGACGACCUGGAGUCGCAUCGGAGCGACGAUCCGCGCGGCAUGCGCCGGCACAAGGCGGCCCACCGGCCCUCGGUGGUGCAGAUCGGCCGGCGGAAGGAGGGCGGUAUCCCGCACGACACCUUCAAGAAGAUGUACGACCACUCGCCGCACGAGGUAUUCGUCCAGCUGGACGAGCUCCACGGUAUGGGGGAGGAGCGGGAGUGGCGGGAGACAGCGCGGUGGAUCAAAUACGAAGAGGACGUCGAGGAGGGUGCCGACAGAUGGGGCAGGCCUCACGUAGCCUCCCUGAGCUUUCACUCGUUGUUGAACCUACGUCGUUGCCUGGAGACCGGCGUAGUGCUCCUCGACCUGGAGGAGAAGGACCUGCCCGGGCUAGCCUACAGGGUGGUCGAACAGAUGGUCGUCGAGGAGCUGAUCCUGGCCGAGGACAGGCCGGUCGUGAUGCGAGCGCUGCUGCUGAGGCACCGGCACGUGCACGAACACGAGCGGGGCUUCCGUUUCGGCACCAAAAGGAGUUAUUCCAGCUACACCAGCCUUCAGUCCAUCUGGCUGGAGGAGGAAGACGCUGCGCGGGAAGCCGCUGAGAACCAUGUAACCCGACAUAAUCUGCACGACGCGAAGCCGAAGAUCGUUUCGUCGAACCUGGCACUGGACAGCAACCACACCGUGAUCGACGUCAAGGAGGAGCUGACGUACACGAGCAGCAACGAGGAUCUGAAGAAGGGCCACAACGAGUACAUCCUGAAGAGGAUACCGGCCGGCGCCGAGGCGACGGUCGUCCUCGUUGGCGCCGUUGACUUCCUGGACCAGCCGACGAUAGCUUUCGUGCGAUUGGCCGAGGGUGUGUUCAUGCCGUCCAUCACGGAAGUCACGAUGCCGGUGAGGUUCAUGUUCACCCUGCUGGGGCCGAGGAACGCGGACCUGGACUACCACGAGAUCGGCCGGUCUAUCUCCACCUUGAUGGCGAACACGUCGUUCCACAAGGUCGCGUACAGGGCGACCGAGAGGCGGGAAUUGCUGUCGGCGAUCAACGAGUUCCUCGACGAUUCGAUCGUACUGCCGCCCGGCGACUGGGAGAGGCAAGCGCUGUUGCCGUUCGACGAGCUCAAGGCGAAGAGCGAGGCGAUCAGGAAGAGGAAGGCGAGGGCGCUCGAGGAGAAGACGAAGCCGAUGAUACAAAGCGAGGCGGCGGUGAAGAAAGCUCUCCUGGCGGAAGAAGAGGAGAAGAAGCCGCCGGAGGAGGACGAUCCGUUGCGACGCACCAGACGGCCGUUCGGCUGUCUGAUCAACGACAUCAAGCGCCGCUACCCGUUCUACCUGUCGGACUUCACGGACGGUCUCAGCUCGUCCUGCCUCGCCGCCGCCAUUUUCAUGUACUUCGCCGCCCUCUGCACCGCCAUCACCUUCGGCGGGCUGAUGAGCGACAAGACGCAGAACGUGAUCGGCAUCUCCGAGACCUUGGUUUCCGGCUCGUGGACCGGCGUGGUGAUGGCGUUGUUCGCCACCCAACCGCUGGUGAUAAUCGGCACGACCGGGCCGUUGCUGCUGUUCGACGAGAGCCUGUACAACUUCUGCAUGGCGAACGAGCUCGAGUUCCUCACCGUGCGGGUGUACGUGGGCGCGUGGAUGGGCAUAAUCGCUCUGAUGAUCGCCUGCGUCGAGGGCUCGGUCCUCGUGCGGCUCUUCACCCGUUUCACCGAGGAGAUCUUCACCGGGCUGAUCUCCAUCCUCUACAUCGUCGAGACGUUCAUCAAGCUCUACAACUACUUCGCGCGCAAUCCCCUCCUGCACGAGUACAGCUUCGGGCCGAGCCUCGUCAACGGCACCGUCUAUCCGCUCUACGUCACCGAGAUGAAGAUCACGACGUCGCCGGCGUGGAACGCGAGCGAGACGACGUAUCGCUUGGAGAACGCGAGCGAGCUCGUGCCGAGACGCGACGUCGCCGGGCUGCUCGUCAACCAGCCCAACACCGCGCUGAUGUGCACCAUCCUCUGCCUCGGCACCUUCCUGGGCGCUUACUACCUCAGGAUCUUCCGUAACAGCCAUUACUUGGGCCGUAGCGCCCGCAGAGCCUUCGGCGAUUUCGGCGUGCCCAUCAGCAUCAUCGUCUUCGUCCUGAUCGACUAUCUGGCGAUGGUGAGGACGGAGAAACUACUGGUCCCCGAGGGACUCACCCCGACAGUGCCCGACAGAAGCUGGUUCGUGUCGCCCGCCGGCAUGGAGAAGUCCAUACCGUUCUGGAUGGCGCUGGCUUGCGUGGUGCCGGCCUUGCUCGUCUACAUCCUCGUAUUCAUGGAGACUCAGAUAUCCGAAUUGAUCAUCGACAAGAAGGAGCGCAAACUGCGGAAGGGCAACGGCUACCACAUGGACAUAGUCGUGGUCUGCCUGAUGAACGUCGGCUGCGGCCUGAUGGGCGCGCCGUGGUGCUCCGCGGCGUCGGUGCGCUCCCUCACCCACGUCUCGGCGGUGACGGUGAUGUCGCGCACGCACGCGCCCGGCGACAAGCCCCACAUCGUCGAGGUGAAGGAGCAGAGGGUGAGCGCCCUCCUCGUCGCCGUACUGAUAGGCGUGAGCGUGCUGAUGGCGCCGCUCCUGCGACGCGUGCCGAUGUCCGUCCUGCUCGGCGUCUUUCUCUACAUGGGCAUCUCCUCGACCAACGGCGUCCAGCUCUUCGAUCGCGUCAAGCUCUUCUUCAUGCCGGUCAAGCAUCACGGCACGGCGAAUUACGUGCGCCGCGUACAGACGUACAAGAUGCACGUCUUCACCCUGAUACAGAUUCUGUGCCUGGCCGUGCUCUGGAUCGUGAAGAGCACCAGGGCCGCCCUGGCCCUGCCCUUCUUCCUCAUCCUGAUGAUCCCGCUGCGCGCACAGAUGAGCCACUUCUUCACCGCCGCGGAGCUGCGCGCCCUCGAUAGCAAGGGGUCCGAGCACGAGGACGAGCUCGACUUCUACGAGGAAGCCCCGCUACCUGGUUAGAUACUGUGCCUUAAAUCAACAAUCGAGUCGCCUCUGUCCGUGUUGUGUGUCUCUCUCUUCCGGGCCUCCACUUCGUCUCGCGUACCUUCCGGCGACGGUUCGACUCGUACGUCUGUAUCUCAC